GACUCGAAAUCAUCGUGCUCCGGAUAAAAAUUCAGUGUUCCAAGUAGAAUGCAUGAUUCUCCGGCUUUUAAUUCCAAUGAAGUUAUAACCGCCCAAUUCGGACCACAGAGUAACAAAGUUGCGGCCCAUUUCUGGAAUCUGCAGAUGAGUCACACUUCUAUUGAUCCUCAGGCUGAUUCCAACGACGUACCUUUUGACUGGCAUGUCUUAUCUGAAGGGUCGGAAGGCAACAUUAGGCCGCGAACUUUAGCGGUUGAUCUCCCAAGCUCGGUCAAAUUUGGACUGAGUUUAGACUCACCGCCGAACCCCAUCAAUAAGAAUGUAAUACCAUGGUCUGGAAAUGUUGAUGUCAUAUCUCGAUGUAAUGGUAGUCCUUCGAAAAUCAAGGAUACGAAGUUGGACACACAGUGGUUAACAUGCCUACCUCGCCCGAUGCGACGCUGUUGGAACGAGCACGGUCUCAUCUGCUCUGUCCCAGAAAACUCGGUUCCUUCACCUUUGAAAACUGAAGCCGAUCAAGGUGUGAUUCUGUCCUCAUACUUUCAGGGACUUGCCCUAGCCUCUCCUGGUUCGACUUUCGCGGAUAACCUGGAGGACCAGUUUCGUAAGAUUGCAGAGCGAUGUUCUCGUCCCACAGGAAUACAAGUGGUUGUAGAUGCAGAAAACGUCUUCUCAGGAAUAGCCUCCAGAUUCCUAGAUCAUAUUUCAGAUGAAUUCCCAAAGCGCCCUGUAUUGUGCGUGGCCGUUUGUGAUUCAGCAACAACCUCCAGACUGGACCCAAAACGUCAGCGCAUCGCCAACGCCAAUCAUCUGGCUCUGCUGACCCAAUUGGAACCAUCCGAAGAUUCCUUUUCCCGAGGCGCUUGGCUCCCUCUGAGCAUCUCGCCCCUCAAGUGUACAGAAAAGCCAUGCCGCACCACCAGUGUUAUUGCCGCAGCAUGGGAUGCAACGACUUCGUGGAUGAAAGCGGAUGAGAGAUUCGGUGGAGUCAGUUUAGACCACUUCAUCACUUCCAGCCAGCUUUCCCAUGGCAGACGGAUGUUGUCCGCGAGCGUUGGAUACUCCGUGCCCGGUGAAAACCAUCAAAAGAUGACCUGGAGUCAUCUGAAUCCGCAUCGUCUCGCUUCAUCCUGCGAGUUAUCGUCAUCAGAAUCAUGUUUCUGGAGGCAAAUUAUCUCACGUGGCGUUACUAUUGACCAGAUUGGGGACGGCGCAUCGAGGCCGAACAGUAUAGGAAACAUCAGUGCACCCGACAGUCUUGUGUUUAUACGCGAAAAGUGUCCAGCCAUGAAGCCGGGGGCCCACACAGAGCUUAUCUCUUCUCUACAAAUCUACUCGUUGGACACCUCCUUUGGGAAACGUUACGCAAAUCCGUGGUGCCAUCAGCCACCCUCUAUCCGAAUGAUUAGCGUUCUCAACGUGCCAGGGGAUAAUUCAGCCGAAGCACUCGGUCUGAAAAAGAUCGUUAAUAAAGCACGGUCAUCUUCCUCGGUCCCAUCGGACGAUGUCGAACGUGACGUGUGGUACGAAUAUUUGGAGCAGGCUCAGAAACGUUUGGUGAACAGCUACUCAGGCAAUGAAGUUGGUUAAUACACGAUGGUUUUAAGAUUUUAA